AUGUCUUUCCUUUUGGAUAAAAUUCCAUUAAAAGUUUCAUCAUAUUUCGACAUCACAGUUCAAUACUGCACAAGGGAUUGCAAGAUGUCAGCAGAUCUUAUGAUGAAAUGUCUUUCAAUGAAUGAAUAUUUGGUUGGUGAAAACAUCACUAAAAUCGUUCUUACAUUGAAAGACAUUUUCCGAAACAUUAUGACGAAAAGUGAUGCAUUAAAGUUGCUCAAAAUGCUCAGACAAUCACAACACUUAACACAAGAACAGUCUGUUAUUUCUGCUGUUCCUUUAGUUGCUUUUGAUUUGGAUGACGCAUUCCCUGUAUCAAUCAAACCAACUCCUUUUGCAUUUUCUUUCUUGUUUGAUGUGAUGAAUUCUGGAUGUUUGAGUGUGAAACAAAUGCACAGAGUUUUAGAUUUCUUCACUACAUACAAAUCAUCAAUUGAUGAUGAGAUGAAAGAGAAUCUUUUCAACGAACUUUGCACAUUGAUGUCUGUUGAAAAUACUAUAGAAACAUCUCUCAAACUUACAAAUCUUUUGAAAUUACUUUCUACAUGA